AUGAGUAAAUUAGAAGAUAUAUUGGCAAAGAAGAAAACUGUUGUUCCUGUACUUGAUCUAAGUAAGAACAUCGCUCAGACCAAAGAAGAAUUUAAACGACUAAUGGAAAAAGUGCCGGAUUAUAAAAUGCGUCCAAUCAAAGUACGUGCCGAUGAAAUAAAGAUUAAAGAGAAAGAUUUCUCUUUCAAGAUAUCGAAGAGAGAGGUCAGAAAACUCUCAAAGCAUAAUGGCGAGCGGGAACCGAUUUAUACAUACGCAGAUCCUAUACCGUCCGAAAUGAAGGAUGUACCUAUAAUGGACUUGUGCUCAGUACCAAUCGACUGGAAGAUGCUUACGACAUUGCGACCGAAGUCUAAGCAGGAAGAAGAGUACUUUAGUCGCAUGACGGAAAUGGCCAAGUUGCAAUUGAAGACUGAAAUGCGCGAUCGCAGAGAUUUCAUUCUUAAUAAUUGCGUAAAAAAGAAUAAAAACAAAUCUGGCAUUGUAGAAACUAAGUUGGCAACAUGUGCCGAAUGCGGACAAGAAAUGUGUUGUGGCAAGGCUUGCAUGGACUUCAAUUACGAUCUAUUUGUGCGUAUUGAACCAAAAAUCUCAAAGCCGAAACCACCCGUAAAUAACACAAACAAAGGGAAAUUGUCUGGACGGAAAUCUCUCACGAAGAAUGGUGGGAAGAAUAAAGCAAACAAGAAGCAGAAGCCUCCUUCUGCCAUGCCGAUGGCUUAA